AUGUUUAUGAAUUUCAUUUUCAAACUAAAAAAUCUAAAGAAUAUGAAAGCCAAAAGCUCAAAACAACAUAACUCAGAUGAGCCGAUCAUGGAAAAAAGCACUCAGUGGGAUGCUCUGGUUAGUGUUCCCUGCGUGCGCCGGUACAUUAAGUCUUUAAGCAUUUGGAGCUUUCUGAACAACUACGAGAUAAAUCUUUCAAAAAAGAAGUAUCUUGUUCUAGGCCUUGAGGGAGUUAUUCUUUGCUCCUCAAUCACACCACCAAAGAACAGGGUAGACCACAUAGUGCAGUAUAAAAUAAACAAUUCUGUGUGCUCACACUUUGUGGUGUUUCGGCCCAUGCUGGAGAACUUUCUUCAGAUGGUCUCUGAGUGGUACACAAUUAUUCUGUAUACAACAAAGGAAAAGGAAUUUGCUGAUGGUGUGGCAGACUACUUAGAAAGAGGAGGGCCUAUAUUUGAGAAGAGAUUGUAUAGAAAUGACUGCGACUAUGCAGAGGGCCAACUAUUGCUAGACCUGGACAAAGUGUCAACCGAUCUUUCGUGUGUAGUUGUACUGGACUACAGAUUUGGCCCCCAUACAAACACGCUUCCAAUUGAAAGAUUCAUCGGCGGCAUGAAAGACCGAAAUCUUCUGUCAAGUGCUCUUAUUCUUGAUAGCCUUCGAUUCUGCUCUGACGUUCGAAGUAUUUUAGAGCUGGCACACCUAUAAAUAGAUCUUAUUAUGCGCACUCACAAACAAUUUUAUGGCCCAUUAUUAACAGAUACAUAUUAAACAAACUUAAACCAGAGCUAUUUUUCAUAAUAAAGUAUAAUAUAUACGUUUGUAUAUCCC